AUGGCGACUGUCGGAGCGGCAUCGCCGCCCUUCACUGCGUCAGCUGCCAGAUGCCCGACUCGAGUGAUAGCUGCGACCGGCGCUAUCGACACCGUCAAGAUUCCGGCUUACGUUAUCGACGAUGGCAAGAAGCCGAAGUUCACCCCAAGACAGCUGAUAGCACUGGCUAUCCUAAGCAAAGAGAAGCGGUCCGCAGACUUCGAUCAGAUUCUUCAGUGGCUUCAUGGCAACUUCGUCUACUACCAGAAGACACUCUCCACACCAGAUCUUGAAGGAUGGCUACGUACCUACUACAACCCCAAAGUUGCAGCCAAUGUCUCUUUAUCCAAGACGCUCAGGGAGGAGCUCUUCGAUGAGAACAAUCGGUAUGAACGAGUCUUCCAGGCGCGCGGCGACAUCUACAGCAUUGUUCCCGGAGCGGAACGAUUGAUAUUUGCAACGUUCAAUAUCGAUCCUGUCCCGUUCCCCUUCAUGCGACUGCCGGCCGAAAUACGAGCUAUGAUCUUUCGUUACGUCCUUCAGUACUCCACGUACUGGGCGCGCCUGAGUGUCAACAAGGAUGGAAGCCUGUAUAGGAAUCGAGUAUCUAUGGGUAUUCCUAGGCCUAAUAUCACCUUUCCGCCAAUGGCAUCAAUUCUUACCUUGCUUUUGGUAAGUAAGCAAGUGAGCCUCGACGCACUCCCAAUCUUCUACUUCUACAACUACUUCAAGUUCGACUCCAUGAGGAUUCUAGCCACGUUCCUGAAGCGGAUGGGCCGCACUCGUCGUGAGCACUUAGCUCAUGUUGCCAUCGAAUGCUCGUUCAAGAGCGAACAAAACACCGGGGCCAUAUCCGCCUUUCGCCUGCUUGCUGAGUGCAAGCGUCUCAGGACCUUUCGCUUCACCGCCACGUCCUGGAACGGCGCGAAGGUCGAGAAUCUUGGAUUUCACCAAUUGUGCUUUCUCAGAGGCUUGGAAGAGGUUAGUGUAGAAUUCUACGGUGUACCUGAGCAAGCAUUGUUGCGGACUCGGGAAGUCGAAGCGAUGAUGCAGCUGCCGAAGCCCCAGGAGACACCGAAGCCGACUAAGACUGCAGAACCGAAGAAGAGGAAGGCUGCGGCUGCUGCCGAAGGGGGAACCGGAGAACCCACGAAGAAGCGCAGCAACUCGAAGAUCACGACCGUGCCUGCCUAG